AUGGCCACCAACUUCGAGGACGUUGCUAAGCAAUUCAUCCAGUUUUACUAUCAAACCUUUGAUGGGGACCGCAAGGCUCUGGCUGCUCUCUACCGUGAGCAGUCCAUGCUCACUUUCGAGUCCGCGUCCGUCCUCGGAGCCAACAACAUCGUCGAAAAGCUAUCGUCCCUACCCUUCCAAAAGGUCAAGCACCAGGUCUCCACCCUCGAUGCUCAGCCUACCAUGGUGGAGGGCGGCAUCGUCAUUCUCGUGACCGGCCAGUUGUUGGUGGACGAAGAGGAGCGCCCCAUGAACUACACGCAAACCUUCCAACUCGCGCGCGACCCGAGCGGCCAGUAUUUUGUCUAUAAUGACCUCUUCAAGCUGGUGUACGGUUAA